CCUUUUCCGAUAUCCGUUUAUCGUCAUGGCGAAGAGAACGAAAAAGGUUGGCAUCGUUGGUAAAUACGGAACCCGUUAUGGUGCUUCCCUCAGAAAGAAGGUGAAGAAGAUGGAAAUCACCCAGCACUCAAAAUACACGUGCUCAUUUUGCGGCAAGGAAACAAUUAAACGUAGUGUAGUAGGAAUCUGGCAAUGUAAAAGCUGUCGCAAGGCCGUUGCUGGAGGAGCCUACGUCUACAGUACCACCGCUGCUGCAACAGUCAGAAGCACCGUUAGACGUCUUCGCGAAAUGAAAGAAACAUAA